AUGGGUUCAAAGCAAUGGGACAAAAUAUGGGGACAAGACCCCAUUUUGCUUCCUCUUGAAAAGCCUGAUCAGCUUAUUGAAGGCAAGGUGGAUUGGAGGGGUAGAGCAGCCAGUAAGGACAAACAUGGAGGAAAGAAAACUGCUUUGCUCAUAUUAGUGGCCUUCGGUUUCGAGAACAUGGCAAGUUUGGCACUGGCAGUGAACUUGGUGACAUAUUUCAAUGAGGUGAUGCACUUCAACUUGGCCGACGCUGCGAACGAGCUGACCAACUUCAUGGGCACCAGCUACAUUCUCUCCAUUCUCAUGGCCCUCCUCGCCGACACCUUCAUCGGCCGAUCCAAAAUUGUCUUCAUUUCUUUCUGUCUUGAGUUCAAGGGAAUUGGAUUGCUAGCAUUACAAGCUCACUUGCCGAAGCUGAAGCCAGCUCCGUGCAACAUAUUCGAUCCGCAUGGAAACUGCACUCAAGUCGGAGGCACCAACUCUGUGCUGCUCUUUGUGGCUCUGUACUUGGUGGCGCUUGGCAGCGGAGGGGUGAAAGCCUCCUUGCCGUCGCACGGCGCCGACCAGUUUGAAGAGAAAGACCCUGAAGAGGCCAAAGGCCUCUCCAGCUUCUUCAACUGGCUGCUACUGGCGGUGUGCGUCGGAGGAGUAGUUAGUCUAACCCUAAUUGUCUGGGUCGAAGACAACAAGGGCUGGGAUUUGGGGCUUGGAAUCUCAUCCCUUGCCAUGUUCGUGGGAGCUGUUCUCUUUCUUUGCGGAUUUCCACUCUACAGGAUUCAUGUUAUUCAAGCAACGAAUCCUGUCAUUGAGAUCAUACAGGUAUAUGUAGCUGCUUUAUGCAACAGAAAGCUUCAGUUGCCCGAGGAUCCUGAAGAGCUGUAUGAGAUCCAUAGGGACAAAGAAGCUGCUGCCAUGGAAACUGAGUUUCUACCCCACAGUGAUGCUUUCCGGUUCCUUGACAAAGCAGCCAUCCAAACACCUUCAACACAAUCUGGAAACCCUGAAAAUCCUAGUCCAUGGAAACUUUGCAGAGUUACUCAAGUGGAAAACGCAAAGAUAAUACUAGCCAUGCUUCCAAUCUUUUGCUGCACAAUCAUAAUGACCCUUUGCCUAGCUCAGCUCCAAACCUUCUCUGUCCACCAAGGCAUAACCAUGGACACAAAAGUCACCGAUUCUUUCAAGAUCCCAGCAGCUUCACUCCCCAUCAUCCCCGUUCUCUUCCUCGUCAUCCUAAUCCCCAUUUACGACAAAAUCUUUGUACGCUUUGCCCGGCGGAUCACUGGCCUCCCUACCGGCAUAACCCACCUUCAACGCGUCGGCGUCGGCCUUCUCCUCUCAUCGGUAUCCAUGGCAGCCGCCGGGCUCAUGGAAGUGAAACGAAAACAGGUGGCUCGAAACCAUGGCAUGCUUGAUGCAAUCCCAAUCUUACAGCCACUGCCCAUAAGCGUCUUCUGGCUAUCGAUUCAGUACUUUAUAUUUGGAAUAGCCGACUUGUUUACAUACGUUGGGCUUCUUGAGUUUUUCUACUCGCAAGCACCAAAAGGACUCAAAGCCAUCUCCAGUUGCUUUCUUUGGUCCUCCAUGGCAGUUGGGUAUUUCUUGAGCACCAUUAUGGUCAAGAUAGUGAACAGUGCAACCAAGGGAAGGACCAGAAGUGAAGGAUGGCUGGCUGGGAACAACAUCAAUAGGAACCAUCUGAAUCUGUUCUACUGGCUGCUUUCUCUAGUCAGCUUGAUCAAUUUCAUCAUGUAUUUGUUUGUUGCUAGGAGGUACACUUACAGGCCACAGGGUCUUCAGGAGAACAGCAAGGAAGAUAACACGGUCAAGGCAUUGAGCAACUAAUUAAACUGUGAAGCCAU